CAGAAGCUGCUGCUGGCGCUUGACAAGCUGAAGACGGCGACACCGCAGCUCCGCUUCCACCGGGACGAUAGACCGCUCGCAGGGCCCAGGAUGCACACGCUGCCCGGCGGCCCCCGCUCGGCCUUAGUCCGCUCCCCCACACUAGGCCCGGCAGCCGCCCCUCCUCCUGCCUCUCCCAUUGGCUCCUCAUCCUCACCCCGAGCCACUGAUUUGCUCUACGGCACGUCAGUCAAAUAGCCCCGCGGUUCACCCUGGCACGGGUACCGUCCCGGCAGCCCUUCUAGCGCGUCCUCUCGAUCUCCCAGAGUACUUCCUGCAGAGCCACUCUAGGCGGUUACCUCCGGUGACCGUGGUUUGUGCCGCAGCCGCUCUAGGCAGCAGGAGCUGGCUCUAUGACCUGGCGGGGCCUGCCGGUGGGACGGUGCCCGGGGGCGACAGCCGGGUGGCGGAGGGGAGAGUCCCCGGGGCGGCCCGAGGAGGCUCCGUCCGCGCAGGCCUUCAUUAGGAGGCUCGAGGCAGAGCCCUUCGCGCCCGUACCCCUGCGGAGGCCCGGCGGCGGCGCAGAAAGUGGUUUUGUGAAGAAAUGGCCUCCAGCAUUGGAAAUGAAAAGAGUGUGAAUCCUGUGCUCAGAAUAAGUCAACUUGAUGCUCUUGAACUAAACAAAGCCCUGGAACAGCUAGUGUGGUCCCAGUUUACCAGCUGUUUUCAUGGAUUUAAACCAGGCGUGUUGGCUCAUUUUGAACCAGAAGUAAAAGCAUUUUUAUGGCUUGUAUUAUGGAGAUUCACUAUCUAUUCCAAGAAUGCAACUGUGGGACAGGCUAUUCUGAAUAUUCAUUACAAGAAUAACUUAUCUCAGACAGAGAAAUACCAACCUCUGAGCAAACACCAGAAGUUAUGGUAUCUUAUUUUCACUGUUGGUGGAAGGUGGUUGGAAGAAAGAUGUUAUGAUUUAUUUAGCAAUCGUCAACUGCAAUCUUUCUGCAAAAUUAAGAGUUAUAUUAAUUUUGGAGCUGGACUUCUUAAACUCUGUGGACUUCUAAAUUUUCUGAUUUUUCUUCAGAAAGGAACAUUUUCAACGCUUACAGAACGCAUUCUAGGAAUUAGGUCGGUUUUUUGCAAGCCGCAAAGUGUUCGGCAGGUAGGAUUUGAAUACAUGAACAGGGAGCUCUUAUGGCAUGGCUUUGCUGAAUUUCUGAUCUAUCUGCUACCACUUAUUAAUGUACAGAAACUAAAACUUAAAAUUUCUUCUUGGUGUUUGCCUAUUGCAGGUAGUGAAAACACAUUAGCAGCUCACUGCAAGGAAUGUUCACUAUGUGGGGAAUGGCCUACCAUGCCUCAUACCAUAGGCUGUUUGCAUGUUUUUUGUUACUACUGUAUUAAAAGUAACUGUUUAUUUGAUAUGUAUUUUACAUGUCCUAAAUGUGGGUCAGAGGUACACAGUCUUCAGCCACUGAAAUACAAAAUUGAAAUGACAGAAUUGCAUGCCUGAUAUGAGGUUGCUUUGUUUUUAUACUGUACAUGAAAUAUUAUGUUGAAGAGAUUAU